ACAAUCGAGUCGCUCAACAGGGAGAUUUCAGAAUGCAAGAGGUGCCCCCGGCUUGCAUCGUACAUCCGGGAUGUCGCAAGGAACAAGACACGGCGCUUUCGGAACCAAGAGUACCACGGACGGCCGCUGCCGGGAUUCGGCGACGUCAACGCAAGGCUGCUGAUCAUCGGUCUGGCGCCUGCCGCACACGGCGGAAACAGGACCGGGAGGAUGUUUACCGGAGACUCGUCGGGCGAUUGGCUUGCAAGGGUGAUGCACAUCCACGGGUUCGCCUCUAUUCCAACCAGCCAGGCUAAGGGAGACGGGCUGGUUCUCAAAAACGCAUACGUCACCGCGGCUGUGAGAUGCGCGCCCCCGCAGAACAGGCCCACAAGGGAGGAGAUGGACUCCUGUCACCCGUAUCUGGAGCGGGAACUGAAGAUUCUGGGCAACGUCACCACGAUUCUGUGCCUUGGACAGAUUGCCUAUGGCUCUGCAUGCAGGCUGUACGGGGUAAAGCGUGAAAGGUUUGGUCACAACAGGCUGUUCAGGUAUGACGGGGUUCAGAUUCUGACAUCAUACCAUCCUUCAAGGCAGAACACCCAGACGGGGCGGCUGGGCUGGAAGGCGUGGUCUGACGUUUUUGAGAGGGCAAGCAUGCUGGUGCGAUAG